AUGGGCUCGACUCGAUUGCCUGUUGGUGGUAUGUCGUCGAUGCAGAUGUACGUGCAACCAACGGCUCCGGAAGUGUUACCGGUUGCGCACACCUGCUUCAACCUGCUCGACCUGCCCAAUAUCGCCGACAGCAAAGAACUGUUGCGCCGCUUGCGGAUCUCCAUCCAGCAUACGCAAGGAUUCACCCUCGUUUGA